AUGUACGUCAGCCUGGCCUGCCUGCUCCAAGAGGAGGGAUACCUGACCUGGAUGAGUGGCUUUGUCCUCAUGGGCCUUUCCAGGGAUUGGAAGCCCCAAGCUGGGCUCUUUGUCUUCUUUGGGGCCACCUACCAACUGACUCUGCUCGGUAACAAGCCCAUCGUUCUCCUGAUUGGGCUGAAUGCACAGAUCCACCUGCCCAUGCACUCCUUCCUGGGCCACCUCUCUAUUGUGGAUAUCUGCUAUACCUCCAGCAGGGUCCUCCAGAUGCUGGUGCACUUCCUCCAGGAAAAGAAGACCAUCUCCUUUGCCCAGCAUGGGGCCCAGUUCCUCUUUUCCUUUGCCCUCGGGGGCACUGAGUUCCUGCUGCUGGCCACCAUGGCCUAUGACCACUAUGUGGCCAUCUAUGAUUCCCUGUUGUACAUAGCUCUGAUGAGCCCAAGGCUCUGCAUAGUGCUGGUGGCUGUGUGCUGCCUUGUGGGCCUGGCUAAUUCUGCCACGGAGAAGGCUAUCACUAUGUUCCUGCCCACCUGCAGGCAUGACGUGCCCAACCACAUGGCCUGCAUGGACACACAGAGAGCCAGGUGGCAAACUCGGUGA